UUCUCAGUCGAUAUUUGCCGGGUUUGUCGAGCGGAAGGAACUCAGGAAAAUCCACUGUACCAUCCCUGUAUAUGUACGGGAAGUAUUAAAUUUAUACAUCAAGACUGGUAUGUAGUUAUUUACGCUUAAUCUAAGCUUAAAUUUUUGCUUCCUUAGCAGAAUCGAGACGAUAUGAUUUCCCAACGAUAACUGAUGAUUAAAAUCAUUCUUGGGCAAUAUUAAGUACGUGAUAAAUGCAAUACUGAAAAGUUCGUCCAAUAAUGAAAUGUCCUUCAAGAAUACCUUAAAAAAUUGACUGCCACUGUGUUAGUGUAGUUGUGUUAUAACAAGUCACCUCAAGUUUUUAUUAUUUGCCUUGAAUGGGUGUUAUUAGUGUUAGGCUUCACUUCAGUGUCACAAGACUUUUAAUAUGUCUACCAUUUUCUAUGCAGCUUGGUUCGUUGGCUAAAGCACAGUAAAAAAGAGUAAGUGAUAAAAAUUUCACUUUUAUGAUAUUUAUCCUUAUGCAAAUCCACAUAAAUUUAUAAUGUUAUUAUAAUAAUAAUAAUAAUCAUCAUCUAAUAUUAUUAUUAUUAUUAUUAUUAUUUUUCCACAGCUUUAUUGGGUACUCCUCUUGUAAUAUACAAUAUAAAUUUAUAAUACAACCCAAAAAAAGAAAAAAAAAAGAAAAGAAAAAAGAAGCAAAAACCCAAAAGGGGUAGGUGCAACGGGACUAACGUCCCAUGCGAGGCACCGCCCCUAGAUUAAGACCUAGGUUAAAAUAAAAUAAAAUGAAUACUCAAACAUUCUUACAAAAAAUAAAAUAAAUUUGCGAGUGGCAUGUGCAUGCAGGGACUAGUGUCCACAUGCAGGGACUAGUGUCCAUGCACGUGCAGGGGUAAUUGAUUUCAUAUACUUGCAAAAAAGUUGAAAGGCAGUAGGCGAGGAAAAACUGGUUGGGGGUGCUAGCUUACAAACAUAGUUCCAUAGUUUAACGAUAUGGUUAAAGUACGAGGCCUGAAAAGUUGAUGUUUUGCAAAAAGGGUUGCGAAGAUUAAAGGAGUUACUUAGUCUUGUACGAUCAUGGGAAACAAAAGAUACAUAAUUCUGAUCAUCUCUAUCGGUACACAGUAAAGGCAUUUAUAAAAAAAAGAUCAAAUCUUUAAGUUCAUGAUCUAGAGAAAGUGGAAGUAAGUCUAGCAAAGUCAGGCGCUCUUUGUACGACGACUGGUCUUUGUGCAUGCGUAAAAUCCACCUGCUUGCAAGUCUCUGCACCUGUUCUACCUUAGCAUUCAGAGUAACAUAAGCAGGCAUUAUUGCUAGUAUUUAAAUCAAGUCAACAUUAAUGUUGUUUACAGCCUCUAGUUGGAGUGACAUUAAUGAACUGUAUUGAGCUUCCUUGAAUUUAUCUGUUAUUGUAAGAUUUUAGGUAAAAUCUUUUAGGUUAAACCAGUAUUCAUCCUAGUAUGAUUCAGAAUUGUAUUUGUUUUCUAGUCCUGCUUACAACAUCUACUUGAUUAUUUUUUAAAGUGCACUUACAUUAAUUUUAAGGGAAGAUAGUCCAUUUUUGUAUUAGCAGUAGAUGAUAAAGUAAACCUUUUAAUCUCGAGUGUGACUGUAUGUACUUCUUGAGGCUUUACUCCAAACAUUUUACGCUUAAUUGCAUACAGAAUUCUUAAGAGACUUGCAUGUAGAUAGUGGGAUAUGUUCAAGGAAACAGAAAAAGCCUGACCCCACCCCUGCCCUCAAUCAAAAGUAGCUUAUAUAAUUAUUUUACUUGUUAUUUUCUUCAACAAACAAGUGGCAGUUACACAUUACUUAUGAGGAACUAGAGGGGGAAGAAGAGCACGAGUUUCACUAAAGUUUAAAAGAAUUGAAGAAAACUGUUGAACACUCAUUUGCAUUUCAUUGAAUAACAAAAGAAUACUAGUAACAAAACACUACAUUAAUUUAUUAUAUUCUUUAUUAAUAUUUAAGCUCUGAAUUUAUUUUCUGCAAUCCUGUAUUUCACUCUAGAUACUGGUUUUUGUUUUGAAGUAGACAGGGUCAGGGAAAAUAAUCAUGAGAAAUGUCAUUGAGGAAAAAGGGUCCAAACUUUGAUGUCCAAUACCCAUUGUAUGGUAUUGAUGGGGAGAAUUCAUCAGUUUUAUCUUUGGUAAUCAGGUCAUCUCUUUUUUUGAACUCUGUGUGUUUGAUGAAGCAGUGAUUUUAUAUAUGGAGAUAAUUAGAUUUUGGUCAGUUAGUGACUGGUUUAAAAGAUUUUCCAAAUAGAGCAUUAAAACAUUGUUUUCUUUUCCAGAUAUUGUGAACUAUGCAACCAUCACUUUGCAUUCAAACCAAGUAAGCAAACAAUUUUUAUUAUUGGAGGAGUCUUUGACUUUAUAAUAUGAAAGAUUAUACAAGUAGCUUUUUUGUAUUUUCUUUCUAUCUUUUUAGGGAGUAGUUUGGCCAUUUCUUUUUUGAUAAGUGUUUGAAAUCUUCCAGCCAUUUCUGUGUUCUCUAACUCUCCAUUGUUAAAUAGAGCUCAUAACUGUCCCAUGUAUGUUGCCAUUUAUCCAAUAAUAAUAUUAAUAAUUUCUUAUGUAUUUUUUCCAUGAAUGCUAUUUUAAAGUCUAUGCACCAGAUAUGCCAAACAGACUUCCUGUCAGCGACUUUGUUGGUGGGUUAGUAAAAAAUAUUCUCAGAGCUCUGAAGUAUUGGUUUCAUUACACACUGGUUGCCCUGGCGUGGCUUGGAGUGGUACCCAUUACAGCAUGUGAGUGUAGAGUUCUUUUAAAUAUCAUUUCAUUGUUAUUGUCUAGAGGGGCAUGGUGUAGUGGAACCUCAACGUAACAAAUCUCCAUGUAACAAAGUCAUCAAUACAACAAACAAUUUUCUUUAUCCCAGUAAUAGUAAAAUGUAUAAAAGUGAAACUCAAUAUAAUGAAACCUCAUUGCAGCGAACAAAUUUUGUCAGUCUUUUGGCCCUUCAUUAUAUCGAGUCUCUACUGUGGUCUGGUCUCUAUUGUUUACUAUUGCCAAUUAAUCACCUUUACUCAUUAUGGGACUUAAUGUUAGCCAAGUAUCAUAGCUUCCUGACAAACAAAAUAAUGUUUUCCCAAGUAUUGUUAUUAAGAUUGAAAAACAACCAAAUCAACUUUGAAAAACUAUUUAGCUGAACAGUUUUUAAAAACCCUAAUGAAAAUUUAAUAUUUAAUAAUGUUUAAUCUGAUAUCACUCUUUUCGCUGUAUUUUAGAUCGUAUAUACAGAUGUCUUUUUGCCGGAUCUGUCAAUUCACUUCUUACUCUACCUCUAGACAUGCUAUCAACGUAAGUAGUUUGAUGAGUUUAUGUUACUGAACUCUCUCUUGAAAGAAAUUACGCCAAAUUACCAGCUAUUUUUUGUGCUGCAUUCCUUCACACAUGGCUCCCUCAAGAGACUGGACAUUUUAACUUAAAAGGGAAUAGGUUACAGUGCUCUUUACUUUUAUAAAUUGCAUUUUUAAAAAACUGCAAAGCAUUGGCCUAUUAGAGAUGUAAUCAUGGCCAUCUAACAAACAAGGAUGAUUCAAAAACAUGUUGGGAAUACCUCCAGUAGCAAUAAUAGUUUAGUUUCCCCAACAAGGUCGAAAGUCACUGAGUUUAACGCAACAGGUUUAAUUCACUCCUGCAUAACAAUCACAUAAAAGAUUCAAAAACCUGAAUCACAGUUGAUUGCGCUCACAUGUACGAGUUACUUGCAAUCAAAAUCUCAACUAUGUAAAUGUUGUAUUGGUAAUUAUUAAUCUCAGGUAAUCUUUAUUUUUCCUUUGUUUCAACUUCAUUAGCAUACAUGUACAUUACCAUACCCAACACAAAAGGAAAACAAAAAUUACCUGACAUGAAAACUUAACUACAACAUAUACACUCGGACCUAGUCUCCAACAAACAUACUGUCCUUUAAUAGUAUGAAGUUUAACUUGAAAAUAUAGUCAGGAAGUUGCUUUCUAAACUCCAGUCGCAUGCAGUAUAUUAGAUUUUCAUGUACUUGAGAUAGUGCAAAUUGUUUCAAAAUGCAUCUUGGCCUCCACGUGUUGAUUUGAGUUCAGAACGUUAGUGUUUACCUGAAACUUAUGUAUCCUUUACAUUUCUUUGGCAGUGAAAAUUUAUUUGCCGACUGUAUACGAGGCUGUUUUGUGGUGGCCUGUACAUUAUGUGCAUUCAUCAGCUUGGUGUGGUUGCGAGAACAGAUUGUAAUGAAUGGAGGUCCUGAUUGGCUUGAACCCAAUGUUGUGGAUCCUGUUCCUCAAGUUCAGGGAGUGAGUUGAUAUUUUCAUCUUUUUGUAUUUGCAUAUAGCAUGGUGGAAAAAAAAAGUGUGAGAAUAUUUCUUGGAACAAGUCAUAAUCAAAACAGCUAGCUACAUGAUAAGGACAAAAUUAUGUUUUAAUUUUGGGGAAAAAUGUUCAAAUUAUUUUUAACCUUGCAGGUGUGUAAAUUGUAUAGUCAGGUAACAGUAUUCUCAAAUCCUUGAUGAUUCUUGAAGAGAAAACAGGCAAUAAGUACUGUGAAGGAUGCCAGUUACCAUCAAAUUUUUGCAAACUUUAUGUUGAAUUCAUUUAUUCAACAAUAAGUUAGCCUGCAUCACACCCGCAGUCGGUUAGUAACAUCUGCAAAGCAGUGCCAAGAUCCUUGGUCUUGACCCUCAAUGGGCUCAAUGAAUUGAGAGAAGCUCGUUUAUAAUAAUUCUCUUGGACCUGAUUGGCCAAUCAAACAAUAGCUUUUUAACAGGUCAGCCAGGGUGUGUACUCAAAUCCUGGUAAAUAGCUGGCAGCCCAGAAAAAGGAUUUUGGCACUGACUUGUAGACAGACUUAAUGAGAGGUUUAGUUUCAUUUUUGGCACAUGCUAACAGUGUACAUUUGAGAGGCUAGAAAGCAAAUGCUUGAUGCAACAUUUCAUUCAAUUACAUUCAAACAUCUUGUCACAAACUCAAACCAUUCUCAGUCAUUUUAACCCACUUCUAUGUGACUGGUUAAUGGAUAAAAACAUUGUACCGUGUGUAUUCCAGGUCAACAAUGAUGGUGGCCCGGGUGGUGGUGGUGAAGUUGCAGCUGAAGGGGAUGUGGGGGAAGAAGAUGCUAACAAUGCAGGAGAGAAUGUUGGUGAGGAAGGAAACAAUGCUGCUAAUCAAGAUGCUGAGAAUGGAGCUCAGAAUGGAGAUGGUUAGUAUUAAUAAUUAAUAAUUAUAAUUAUUAGUAUAGGUAAUAGCAUGAUUAGUAGUUAUAUUUGGCAUAAAUACCACAAGUGAUAUUUCAAAAAUCAUUAUACGUAAUUUCAUGAGCUGUUAGGGGAGUGAAAUUUGAGGCAAUUUUGAAAUAUCACGAGUGGUAUUUAUGCCAUUUAUAUUUAUUUGCUAAUGAUUUUAGAGAAUGUACAUCCACAUGGUGAUUCUUCGUCUACACGGUCAAAUUGGAAUUUGGAAAUGUUGGUUUUUGAGGAGGGAGAAAACCAGAGUACCCAGAGAAAAACCUCUCAACAACAAACUCGACCCACAUAUGGCGUCAAUAAUGGGUUUUGAACGAGGGCCAUAUUGGUGACAGGCAAGUAAUCUCACCAGCUCUCACCACCUUGCCUCCCUCGCCCCAUGCUCUUUUUCUCUAACUUGAGAAUUUUGAAGUUUAAAAGUUUCAUUUCUAUUGCAGAUGAUGGAAAUUGGAUUCAUCCUGUUGAAUGGGAAAGAGCAGCAGAAGAGCUCACAUGGGAAAGGGUGAGGAUUUUUUAUGUUAAACCAGUAACCCGAUCAAGCUCCCAUAUGCAGUUGCUCAAACAUAACUUGACUGUAUAUAAUGGGAAACCAAGUGUCUAAUCCACUGGAUAGAGAUUUAUCCAUUGGACAGUGCUAUCUACCUUUUGAACAACAGGGUGCAGGUUAACUACUAAGCCUGUCAACUAGAAAUUAUUAGUAAACCGAUUUACACAGGGAAGAGAGCUUUCAAGUCAUACCAGAAUGAGUAAGAUUCAGUCCAACAGUCAGAGAAAAAUGCUUUUAAACCAUACAAAGUUGACUAGAAAAUUCAUUGAAAACCUUGCUCAACCAUUAUACUUCUUAGGAUAGUUUCACUAACCAUUGCGGUUUUCACUGAAACCAUUCCUACUGAAAUGAAGCCUAGUGAAUGCCCAGCAAAGAGUUGAAAAUACAUGGGGGUGAAGAAAAGCUUAAGACACUGGGACAAGAGGAAGCAAAACAGUCUAAAUAAAGUAAUGCAUACUUUUUUCCUCAGAUGCUUGGCUUGGAUGGGUCUCUAGUAUUUUUGGUAAGUUAGUAUGCAUGCUUACACCUCAUUAACCAAGUAACAUUGAAUUAUACCAAGGAUUAAGUCUUGUAUUUACUGACAUGUUAAGUUAGUUUGAAUCAGUUAUACACUGUAAAAUGAUUUUUAUUGAACCUUAUAAAGGAUGUAUGAGUAUGAAGUAAUUGUCUUUUGCAGGAGCAUGUGUUCUGGGUGGUAUCUCUGAACACUUCAUUCAUUCUGGUGUUUGGUAAGUGUUUCUUCCAGUUCUUGUUGUGACUUUGGGGUUAAGGGUUGACAUAUUCAGAUCCCUGGAAAUUUUUUUCAGUUUCCUGAUAAUUUGCUAUUUAAAUUUGUACAUGUUCUUUACUAUGUGGAUCUUAAUAGCACAUCAUUAAUUUACUCUGCAGCCUUCUGUCCCUUCCACAUUGGUCAGUUCACAGUUAUUCUUCUCUCUCUUGAAGAGGCGGUAAGCGCUUGAUUAAUUUUUUUCUUGUUCCUUGUGUCACUUUAUGCCUCUUAUAUUAUAUUUGAAUCAUUCAAACACAUCUUACUGUACAUCUUGGGGGUGCAUUUGAAUGGCUGUGUUGUAUGGCAUCUUAGAGUCAGCUAAAAUAUUUUGUUUGCCAUGCAAGGAUUGGUAGCUAAAUAAUUGAUAAAAAUAAUACUGUAUGAAUUUAUUAUUUAUCUUAUACACACUGUAUACAGUCCCAGGGGGACUCUGCAUAUGAAAGGGGUGGGGAUGCUCGUCGAAAUUUUGAAUUAAACCCCUAAAGGAGACCGAUCUGGGCGGGGCCAAGAUAUUUUUGACCCCUAAAAGAGACCAUGUUAACACACAGACAAUAUAGAUAUUUUUAUAUUUUUUCACGUGAAACCCUAAACGAGUCCUUCAUGGCUAAAUAUAAUGGCGUUUUGCCCAGAACACCCUAAGUGAGACCAAAAUCCGAAAUUUAUACCCCUCAGGGAGACAACGAGCAUCCCCACCCCUUUCAUAUGGGGAGUCCCCCCCCCCCCCCCCCAAUGUAUCCUUUACAUUUCUUUGGCAGUGAAAAUUUAUUUGCCGACUGUAUACGAGGCUGUUUUGUGGUGGCCUGUACAUUAUGUGCAUUCAUCAGCUUGGUGUGGUUGCGAGAACAGAUUGUAAUGAAUGGAGGUCCUGAUUGGCUUGAACCCAAUGUUGUGGAUCCUGUUCCUCAAGUUCAGGGAGUGAGUUGAUAUUUUCAUCUUUUUGUAUUUGCAUAUAGCAUGGUGGAAAAAAAAAGUGUGAGAAUAUUUCUUGGAACAAGUCAUAAUCAAAACAGCUAGCUACAUGAUAAGGACAAAAUUAUGUUUUAAUUUUGGGGAAAAAUGUUCAAAUUAUUUUUAACCUUGCAGGUGUGUAAAUUGUAUAGUCAGGUAACAGUAUUCUCAAAUCCUUGAUGAUUCUUGAAGAGAAAACAGGCAAUAAGUACUGUGAAGGAUGCCAGUUACCAUCAAAUUUUUGCAAACUUUAUGUUGAAUUCAUUUAUUCAACAAUAAGUUAGCCUGCAUCACACCCGCAGUCGGUUAGUAACAUCUGCAAAGCAGUGCCAAGAUCCUUGGUCUUGACCCUCAAUGGGCUCAAUGAAUUGAGAGAAGCUCGUUUAUAAUAAUUCUCUUGGACCUGAUUGGCCAAUCAAACAAUAGCUUUUUAACAGGUCAGCCAGGGUGUGUACUCAAAUCCUGGUAAAUAGCUGGCAGCCCAGAAAAAGGAUUUUGGCACUGACUUGUAGACAGACUUAAUGAGAGGUUUAGUUUCAUUUUUGGCACAUGCUAACAGUGUACAUUUGAGAGGCUAGAAAGCAAAUGCUUGAUGCAACAUUUCAUUCAAUUACAUUCAAACAUCUUGUCACAAACUCAAACCAUUCUCAGUCAUUUUAACCCACUUCUAUGUGACUGGUUAAUGGAUAAAAACAUUGUACCGUGUGUAUUCCAGGUCAACAAUGAUGGUGGCCCGGGUGGUGGUGGUGAAGUUGCAGCUGAAGGGGAUGUGGGGGAAGAAGAUGCUAACAAUGCAGGAGAGAAUGUUGGUGAGGAAGGAAACAAUGCUGCUAAUCAAGAUGCUGAGAAUGGAGCUCAGAAUGGAGAUGGUUAGUAUUAAUAAUUAAUAAUUAUAAUUAUUAGUAUAGGUAAUAGCAUGAUUAGUAGUUAUAUUUGGCAUAAAUACCACAAGUGAUAUUUCAAAAAUCAUUAUACGUAAUUUCAUGAGCUGUUAGGGGAGUGAAAUUUGAGGCAAUUUUGAAAUAUCACGAGUGGUAUUUAUGCCAUUUAUAUUUAUUUGCUAAUGAUUUUAGAGAAUGUACAUCCACAUGGUGAUUCUUCGUCUACACGGUCAAAUUGGAAUUUGGAAAUGUUGGUUUUUGAGGAGGGAGAAAACCAGAGUACCCAGAGAAAAACCUCUCAACAACAAACUCGACCCACAUAUGGCGUCAAUAAUGGGUUUUGAACGAGGGCCAUAUUGGUGACAGGCAAGUAAUCUCACCAGCUCUCACCACCUUGCCUCCCUCGCCCCAUGCUCUUUUUCUCUAACUUGAGAAUUUUGAAGUUUAAAAGUUUCAUUUCUAUUGCAGAUGAUGGAAAUUGGAUUCAUCCUGUUGAAUGGGAAAGAGCAGCAGAAGAGCUCACAUGGGAAAAGGAGAAAAAAAUGGGGUUUUUCCCACGACACCCCACAUAAGACCACAAACCUAAAUUUAUCCCCCCCCCGGGGACAACCGGCACCCCCCCCCCCUUCUUAGGGGGGGCCCCCCCCCCCCCCCAACACCGGGUAUACAGUCUAGAGUGGAUCAAGAAAUUAAUGUAAACCGAGUGUAUGAUUUCCCUGUAAAUGCAAAAUGCUGUAUAAAAAUGCUCAUAGUUUCAUUUUGUUUAUGGUCAGCUAAGAACUUGCUUUAUUAUGUUGUUAAUUGAUUUGUUAUUUCCGACAGUUUCAGUCCUCUAAAUUUGAAGGGCUUCUCACUGCUGUCUUGGGAUACGUCAUUCUUGCUUUUGUCCUUGUACUGUGUCAUGUAUCCUUCAGAUCUGAAUACUUGAAUAACAAAUGAAUAAUAAUGCAGAAAAUAAUAUCUGCCCUGUAAAUUUCAUUAUAUACCAGGUCAUAUGCAUUGAUCAGCAGAGUGCUCAAUAGAAGAACUAGAGUGUUAUACAAGUGUACAAAUUAUUGACGUGAUCUGAUCAAUGGAAGAUUGGACUUGGCAUUUUGUCUUGAUAAAUAUUAUUAUAUGUAUUACUAAGCAAGGUGCGGUAGUGUUAUGAAUAUUUUUAAUCAUUUUAAAAAUUGCUCUUUGAAAAUGGUUAUUAUUACACUAAUCAUGUCUUUUAAAUAUUUACUUGUAACUGUGUGGAACAUAGAGGAAUGCACUCCUUACACAGAUUGGAGUGAGAUUGUAUGGGACAACCGUCGUUGAUCCAACAGAUCUUAGGACAGGUAUCUGGCAUCCCACAGAUUUUUUUGGCUGUGCCAAAUGACAUCACCACCAUCUUGCAAAAAGGGAGAGAUUGUGGGAUUGAGAUCGGUCAAAUGCAUUCUGUACUCUUUACAUAUUGUCAGUUAUAUUGGUAUACUUGUCAGACAUUUUUAUUUCCCUUGACUGCUUCUUUACAGAGUGUAGCAUCUCUUUGUGGAUUAAGGAAGUAUGAAUCAUUUUGUUUACUUUCUUUUCAUUCAUUGUGUUUCAAACUAUAAAUCUUGCUCCUUUCACAAAAUAUGUACCUUGUUGGUACUUAAUUUCGAAAGUUUGGCCUGGCAGAAUUUCGCGGGGAUUUAUUUUUGCAAUUUAAAUAAGAAAAAUAUGAAAAAAGGGCAUUAAAUUUCACGAUUUACGCGUAAAUUUCUAGAUUACUUGCAACAAACAAAACAGAAAUUUAUUACCAAUAAGGUAGCUUGGUUUUGACUUCUUACAGAGUCUAGACAGUGAGCUUUUUGUUUAUUACAAUAUUUUUGAAUGGUAUGGUAUUGGAUUUGGCUUUCUUAAUGAUGAGACUGAAAGAGUUUUCGUAUGGAGGAACCUUGACCCUUACAUGAGUGUGUUGCCAUCUAGUUCUCAUAAUGACAGUGUAAUUUAUACAAUUCAUUUACUGUGCACCUUUUCAAGGUUGAUUUUUUCUUUCUCAUCAGACCUAAAAGAAUACUGGGAUUAUGUUAUGUAGUGGUAAAAGUAAGUAAUUUACUGUAAUUAUUGAGACACUACAUUUUUGUGGUUUGUUUAUUAUGUUCUGUAAACCUAUUAUAUCUUUAAACUUUCAUAGAGUUCUAAAGUGACGACAUCAUAAAAUCAAAUUUCUGAAAUUAUGGCAUUUGUCAGGAUAUUAUGAAAGAACAAUGUCCAAGAGGCCCACUUGCCAAAAAUUAGCAUUUUGGAGCAAAUUUUUUCUGAGAUCUUAGCCCAGUUAUGCUCUGAUAACUCUAAAACCCUUCUAAAUUUUUGGGGGGUCCCCAAAAUGCUAAUUAUUGACAAGUAGGCCUCUUGGAUGUUGUUCUUUCAGAAUAUCCUGACAAAUCCCAUAAUUUCAGAAAUUUAAUAUAUUUUUAUGACGUCACACUUUAGAACUCUAUUAUCGUUCAACAGAGAUGACAGUUUAUGUGUCCACUGUCCAGUUUAACCUGAGUUACAACUAGCAUGUCCAAAGUAAACUUUUGAAAAGAGGAAUUUCUUUGUGAAUGUUGGAAAUGCCAUGUGCAUUCUAUCACACGUCUGGAUGGAAUCCUUAAGAAUUUCCAGCACAAAUAUAAUGAAGUAUUGAACUUUCUUUGUAGGUUUCAUUGUUGAUGUUGGUGGAAAUUGGUUUGUUCCCAUUGGUGUGUGGGUGGUGGCUAGAUGUAUGUUCCUUGGUAAGUUACAAGUUGCCCUCAUUUGAAUAAAUCAAAUAAUCAUCAUCAUGAUCACUCAUAUGCAUUUAUUUUAUUGCUUGAACCACUUGAAGUAUGUACCAUCAAAAAUUUUUAUUACAGUACAUGUACCUCUCCAUUCCUGCAGACAUGCAAUGAUAUUGGUCCUUGUUAAUGAAAUGAUAAUGUGUUUUGGUAUAUCAUCCAUGGAAAGUGCUGUGGAUGCACCCUAGAGUUUAUUUUUUGUGACACUACUUUAUUGGUAGUGAUAACCAACAAACUGUAUAAUCACAAAAUAUUAAAUACACUGAAAACCCCGAUAUAUCAAAGUACCAAGCAAAUGAAAAAAAAGGUUGAAUGAAUGCCAAGGCUUUGACUUGUACUUUCUUGAAAGCUGAAGAUAUCAGUCACAUUUUCUAGUUGUACAUGCUUUUUGCACUGUGUUGACUGCAAGGGUUAAGCAAAUGUCUUUUUUGUUGUUGUUUUCCAGUCCCUAUUUGGAGCUACAUUAAAGGACAGACUUGCAAGUGUUGACUCAGCACCAGGUAAAAUAAGAAAACCAUUUUCAUCUGUUUAGGCGUGUAAUAAAUACAUUUCUCUUCGGUAUGACUCUGACUCUUUUAAUGUACAAACUGUUUCUGCCACAACUCUGCCCAUGAUGAAGGCAGAAAUUUCUUAGGAUAUUAUUCGAAUAGUGCCUCAAACUAGCUGAAAUUGAUUGUACUGUUAACAAAAUAAAGGAUUAAAGUCCAUGUCGGUACAAAGAAGUGACCGAACAACCAUACCAGAUGCACAAGAUGAAACGUAGUAAACAUGACGAAGAUUCUCUCCAUAAGUCUGGACCACAGGACACCAAGAAGAAAAAUCUCAAUGACCCUGACUUUCACCCAGUCCAGGAGGUGAGCCAUUUCUCUGAUCUGUAAUCAAAUACAACACAACUUUAUCGUGUCCUUAUUCUGCAAAUAAAAAGAAAUUGUUGUAUUCCUACUGUCAAAUAUGAAAGAAACCUGAUAAAGUUCUAGUUUGCCAUGUAAUGCUUAAGAUUUCCUUUCAAGGUAAUUGACUGAGCAUCUCAGCAAUAGGGUUUAACAAUAAGACAAGACAAAGAUGAAUGAUAUAUCAUAGAUAAUUAUCAUUAGUUAAUGAUCCUCAAAUUUUGUGUGAAAGCUACAAAAGAUUCACAUUAGCCAAUAAAAGUGUCCUUGUGAGCUUGUAUGCAAUGAAUUAAGCAUGGCAGGAUUAAAAUCCGCAUUCCUGCUCUUCAUGAUUAUCAUUAUAAGAAUUUUUGUUGUAUUUGUAGAUGAUACGUCUUCCAGUUUACAGACAUUUAAGGAGAUUCUUGCUUUCUUUGGUAAGUGAUUUGGUUCAAUUUUACUUGAGGCUUUCCAAGGGAUUUUUUUAAAGAUGAUUUUCCUCAGUUUUUUUCUGGGCUACCCUGGGUGCCAGAGACUUUUCUAGCACAGUUUCCGGUUUCUGUCAAGUCAUUAUAGUGACCCUACGGCCAAAGAUGUGUCGGCCUUCGGCCAACACUGAAAAUUCCCGCCGCGCGCGAGAAAAACCUCUGGUACCCAGGGUAUUUCUGGGCCAGCAACAAUCACAAUUAUCUCCUGCACUUGCCAUCUUUCACAUUGAAAGGAGAUGAAGAUUGGGUCGAGUAGAAAGUAUAAUCUAUUAACAGAUUGGGCCUUAUGCAAAAAGACAAAUAAUAGGGAAGGGGAAGGAGGGGGAAAUAUGUUGUUGUCUGUGUUUUCUGCCCCACCUUCUGUGAAUCACAGCAGAACCUCCAUAGACUGCGAGUCAUCAUCCUCCUUUCUAAGAGCUACUCACCACAAACAAGAAAAGUAAAAUUAUGCAAAAAACCUUGUUCCUCGCAGCUUCGCCACUCGUGCCUUACAAAUGUGUGAUCUUGAUCUACUGUGACGCAAAAGAAAAAUAAGAGACUGUUCUCAGGCUAAGGAGCAUCACAAAGCUCUCUGAACAGGUUGUUUAAUUAAAUGAUAAAACAGUAAGUAGGUGAAUGACCUGAGAAAAUAAUGUCUUUAUUCCUAGAAAUAAUAGCAGGCUAAUGAAAAGAGAGGCCUCUGAGAGCUUUGUGGCUCCAGGACUUACAUGUGAAUCACGUCUUAUUUUUGGUAGUGAAUUCUUUUUUUUCACUCUCCCCCCUCCCUACACUAUAGGGUAAGUUUGUUGUCUUCUGCUUAAUCUGGUUCCUUAGUUGUAUUUCUGUUUAUUUGUCAGGUUGUAUUUGGCACUACUGUUCUACUGAUGAUGCACCUUCCUGUCAGACUCAUCAAGUGGCUGUUACCAACCUUUCUUCCUUACAACAUUCAGUUGUCUAGGUCAGUUAGUACACUUUAUGCCCCAAGAUCCACAUACAAAUUCUCCUGUCUGAUCUCCAUACAUUUCCUUAAAUAAUUAGUUGGGAGAAUUUGAUAAAAGAUCAAAGCAUUGUGCCUUUGGUGAUCAUAACCUUUUGUAUUUCAAGUAUGCAUUGGUACUGUUAGGAAAACAUUGAUGUCGAUCACUCUUGCACAGUCCCUGUUUCGUUUACCUUUAAGUUGACAGCAUCUUCUUUGGCGCCCCUCCCCUCCCCUCCCCUCCUUUGACUCAGCGGAAGCUUGUGCUCUUACAUGUACAUUCAGUGGUACAAAGGUUUGUUUGGUUGGUUUGUUUGUUUUUCUUUUUGGCAGUACACUGGCAGUAACCAGCCUUCUGUUUUCUUGUAGUGAGGUCCCAGUCAGCGAGCUCUCACUUGAGUUGCUCCUUCUUCAAGUGGUUUUGCCGGCGUUGUUGGAGCAGGGCCACACUCGACAGUGGCUGAAAAAUGUUAUGCAUGGCUGGGCAGUAACAGCUGCGUAUCUGCUGUAAGUUUCAAACUAUCUGCUUUAUUUGAGCAGUAUUGUCUCCUUUAUUAAAACUAGUUUGUUCUGGGCAUUCACAUAAUGAAUGCCCGGAACAGGCAAUAUUAUUACAAGCGUUUCCGUUUUGUCCGCGUGAGCAUUAAGACUUGGAAAACUGAUGGUUGACAAGACUGCUGCCCGAUUAAUAUCCAAAAAAAGAAUUGUUUUAUUUCCUAAUUUCAGGUACAGCCAUGUUUCUUCACUGGCUUGUUGGUAUGGUCUACGUGUUCUACUUUGCAUCAUUUGUACUGCUUCUAAGAGAGGUAUUCAGACCUGGUGUCCUGUGGUUCUUAAAAAAUCUCAAUGACCCUGACUUUCACCCAGUCCAGGAGGUGAGCCAUUUCUCUGAUCUGUAAUCAAAUAAAACACAACUUUAUCGUGUCCUUAUUUUGCAAAUAAAAAGAAAUUGUUGUAUUCCUACUGUCAAAUAUGAAGGAAACCUGAUAAAGUUCUAGUUUGCCAUGUAAUGCUUAAGAUUUCCUUUCAAGGUAAUUGACUGAGCAUCUCAGCAAUAGGGUUUAACAAUAAGACAAGACAAAGAUGAAUUAUAUAUCAUAGAUAAUCAUCAUUAGUUAAUGAUCCUUAAAUUUUGUGUGAAAGCUACAAAAGAUUCACAUUAGCCAAUAAAAGUGUCCUUGUGUGCUCGUAUGCAAUGUAAUACCGUAAGCGUGGCAGGAUUAAAAUCCGCGUUCCUGCUCUUCAUGAUUAUCAUUCUGAGAAUUUUUGUUGUAUUUAUAGAUGAUACGUCUUCCAGUUUACAGACAUUUAAGGAGAUUCUUGCUUUCUCUGGUAAGUGUGUUCGUUCAAUUUUACUUGAGCCUUCCCAAGGGAUUUUUUUCAAGAUGAUAUUCCUCAGUUUUUUUUUCUGGGCCAGCAACAAUCACAAUUAUCUCCUGCAGUUGCCGUCUUUGAUAUUGAAAGGAGAUGAAGAUUGGGCCGAGUAGAAAAUGUAUUCUAUUAAUGGUUGGGCCUUAUGCAAAAAGACAAAUAAUAGGGAAGGGGGAGGAGGGGGAAAUAUGUUGUUGCCUGUGUUUUCUGCCCCUGCCUUCUGCCCAACCUUCUGUGACUGUCACAGCAGCAUCUAUACAGACUUUGAGUUGUCGUCCUCCUUCCUAGGAGCUACUCAUGGCAAGCAAAAAAAGUAAAAUUAUGUGAAAAACCUUGUUCCUCGCAGCUUCUCACUCGUGCCUCACACAUGUGUGGUCUUGAUCUACUGUGAUGCAAAAGAAAAAUAAGAGACUGCUCACAGGCUAAGGAGCAUCACAAAGCUCUCUGAACAGGUUGUUUAAUUAAAUGAUAAAACAAUAAGUAGGUGAAUGACCUGAGAAAUGUCUUUAUCCCUAGAAAUAAUAGCAGGCUAAUGAAAAGAGAGGCCUCUGAGAGCUUUGUGGCUCCAGGACUUACAUUUAAAUCACGUCUUAUUUUUGGUAGUGAAUUCUUUUUUUUUCACUCUCCCCCCUCCCUACACUAUAGGGUAAGUUUGUUAUCUCCAGCUUAAUCUGGUUCCUUAGUUCUAUUUCUGUUGAUUUAUCAGGUUGUAUUUGGCACUACUGUUCUACUGAUGAUGCAUCUUCCUGUCAGACUCAUCAAGUGGUUGUUACCAACCUUUCUUCCUUACAACAUUCAGUUGUCUAGGUCAGUUAGUACAGUUUAUGCCCCAGUAUCCACAUACAAAUUCUCCUGACUGAUCUCCAUACAUUUCCUUAAGGAAUUAGUUGGGAGAAUUUGAUAAAAGAUCAAAGCAUUGUGCCUUUGGUGAUCAUUUUAUUAAUUCUCAUAACCUUUUGUAUUUCAAGUAUGCAUUGGUACUGUUUGGAAAACAUUGAUGUCGAUCACUCUUGCACAGUCCCUGUUUCGUUUACCUUUAAGUUGACAACAUCUUCUUUGGCGCCCCGCCCCUCCCCUCCCCUCCUUUGACUUAGCGGAAACUUGUGCUCUUACAUGUACAUUCAGUGGUACAAUGGUUUGUUUUGUUCGUUUGUUUGUUUUUCUUUUUGGCAGUACACUGGCAGUGAACCAGCCUUUUGUUUUUCUUGUAGCGAGGUCCCAGUCAGCGAGCUUUCACUUGAGUUGCUUCUCCUUCAAGUGGUGUUGCCGGCGUUGUUGGAGCAGGGCCACACUCGACAGUGGCUGAAAAAUGUUAUGCAUGGCUGGGCAGUAACAGCUGCAUAUCUGCUGUAAGUUUCAAACUGUCCGCUAUAUUUGAGUAGUAUUGUCUCCUUUAUUAAAACUAGUUUGUUCACACAAUGAAUGCCCGGAACAGGCAAUAUUAUUACAAGCGUUUCCGUUUUGUCCGCGUGAGCAUUAAGACUUGGAAAACUGAUGGUUGACAAGACUGCUGCCCGAUUAAUAUCCAAAAAAAGACAAAAAAAGAGAGGCUUCACGUACCUUUUCACAUACACAUACGUAUUUCUUUAUUUAUUGUUUGUUUGUUGUUUGCAGAAACCUGCGAUCAUAUCUUCUGGGAGAUGUGCCUUUGGAUGGUGCAGAAAAUGUAAGUUGAUCAUUUGAUUCCUUUAGUUGCCUCCAAAGCCACUGAAAUAAUACCAGCUAUUGAGCCUCCUCUACACAAUUUUCAGAACCAAUCAUGUAUUGUCUUGUUCUCUUGUAAAGACUGAAGUGAAAAUAGUUUCUAGAACUCUCUCUCUCUCAAGAAAAGAGAGCAAACUCGGGGAGCGCAUUGUUUCCAAGGUAGCCUUUCUUAGUGUUGUCACGCAACGCUCCUGCCCACGGGCCUUUUGUGGGGAGGAGCGUUGCGUUACGACAGCGUGACAGAACAGCUGGGUAAGAGAGUAGGGAGCUCAAGGAAAAUGCGCUUCUCGGGAGGAAGUUGAACGCGUGUGGUGUUGCGUCUCCUCGUGGGAGCCAAUUUCCCGUACACUCGCGUGUUUAGCUCGCUGUACUCUCUGAGAAAACCAAAUAGUCUGUUUUGAUUUUAAAAUGUCUCACGAACUUGUUGCUUUUAGGUGUAUGGUCUGCAUUUGAGCAAUCGUACCAACCAACGGAACCAACAGAAUGUCAACAAUGUCCAGCAAGGUGAUGCUGCUGGACAGAAUGCAGUACAGGCUCAACCUAUACUGCAUGGUAAUCCUGCGGCCGGUGAAGCGGGAGGAGCAGCUACUCUUGGUUUUCAACCAUACAUCAGACCACCGAUGUUCACUGUUAAGGUAUUUUAUUAUAAAACUUCGUCACCCUGUUGAUGACAGCAGGGAGCUUAAGCAACGACGACGGCGACGGCGACAAGAACGACAAAAAAGUUACAGGUUUAUAUUAGCAAAACAACAACUUUGCACGUGCAUCACGCUUUUUUGUACAUUGCUUUGCCGUCGUUGCACGACUACAACGUGAAAGUGCCUCAUUUCACGUUUUGUAAAAGACAAGAACUUUCUCUUUCUUUUCCUGAACUUUGAUACAGUCCUUAGAACUCAACUCCAAAAAAAUAUUUCCAGCAUUUGACGAAUUAAACAAGAUGGAAUAAGCGCAAUAAAGUUUGAGGCAGCGCGAAUUCACUUUUUAAGUGACGUUUUCGUAGCCCUGGCCGUCGUUGUUGCUUAAGCUCCCUAGCAUCUUUAAAAUGUGAUUGUGUGGCCGUGUGCUUCUAAAAGGAAUAUUUUGUUAUGGCAUACGGGGGAUAAUAGGGUUAUAGUUUAGUUGCUCACAAGUUGACUUUUUUGAGCGAGGAAAGUCUCGAUGGUAAAAAAUUAAGUGAUUUUGUUAUUAACUAUGUUAUCGAUUGCUGUGCUUAGCAUUGUUUAGCCAAAAAAUCUCAUGAAACAUCGUCUGUUCCAGUCUGAAGUGUAAAAGAGUUAAACUGCGACUUAUUCACUCGCGCUUAACGUUGGCUCGAAACGUGAAUAAGUUAUUGGAUUGUCUGUCUCUCUUGUGACUGAAGGAGUUAGUUUAUAAAGAAACUGGGGGGCUUCGUCAAAAGCUUACCGUGAUUAAACGUGAACGGGAUGUGGACGCAACUGAACUGCUAUAAGUCUUUCAUACUAACAAUCAACCUCUCUAACCUAAAAGUUUGUAAAAAUUCCUCGCCAUAUUACCCCCAACCCUAAAGCCCAUCUUCACACUGGGGCCAGUCUCCCUCACAACCGCGCGGGCCGGAGUCACGUAAUGCUCCCCGCCCCCAAGGCGUUGGGGCGGGGCGUGACUCCUGUCCGAGCGGCUGCGACGGAGACGAGGGCCUCCCGUGCCCAGUUUACAGGAUCCACAGUUUUUCACGGACACGGCAAACGUCAGAUUCAAGCUGAGAAAUUCUUAAAAUAGAAAAUGAGUAGAUAAAAACAGUCCAAAGUAAUUCUUAUGGAUAAAACUCGCGUGAAACUAUUAAUAGAUGUAAUGAACAGUAAACGACAGGUAAAGGGAAAAUGUGGUCACGUGGUACAAAUUCACGUUUGCCGUAAAAGUGACUCUAGUUUUGUUUUGUUCAUAGUGGUUUGACGGGCUACCUAACCCGAAACAAUGAUGAGCGGGUAUUGAAUUAGGACUUAUUUUCUUUUAGAUUCUGCUGCUUGUUGUGUUCAUGUGUCUAUCACUCUCUUUUGCAAGUUUUGUGACUUUGACUGGACCUGGUAAGUUUACAACUCGUUCAUUAUUUUUUUAGGUUUCAAAAGAACAAAGGGGCGUCGCCUCGUAAAUCCUCAUGUAAAACACAGGUUCAAACACAGUUUGAACUACAGUUUGAAACUUAGAUUUUUGGCAGUCUUACGUAGGCGUGUAAUGUUAAAGUCUGAGCCACCUUGAACAGUAUCAACCAAUGUGAAACAUAGACCAGUGAACCUGUAAAUAGCCUCUUAAGAUCAAACUUAAUCACAGCAUUCAAUGUUAACAUGUGCUGCUUCUUGUUAUUUUUUUUAUUUCAGUUUUUAUUGGUCGCAGUGUAAUGCUGCUAUGGAUGGGCGACGCGUCUGUUCAUGAGCUGUACACUGCUGCCUGUGGUCUCUACUUUAUAUGGCUUGUUUGUCGAAUUGGAAGUGUGCUUCUUUCCUGGGUACCUCUAGGCUGGAAGGGUGUGGCAGGCAAAGUCUUUGAGUGGGUUCUUUUGGUAAGUACUCUGAGAAAAGUUCAGUACCAAACUUUCAAUAAAGGUUAUUACUUUCGAAUUCUAGAUCAGAAACAAAAGAUGGGUGUUUAAAAUUUUUCCCCGAUUUUCUCCCAUUACGUUUUCCAGCGUUUGUCACCGGGCACACUUUUCUUGGCGUCUGGCACCCUUAACACUUUUUCUGCACUCUGCAUCAGUUACACAUUUCUCGCGAUGGGUACCACUUCAGUUGCACCAUUUUUCUGUUUUCCCGCUCAUGGUGACAAUAACACUUUUUCUCGCGCUUGACAGUUACGCUUUUUCCCGCGCUAAUUGACAAUUUUACUUUUUCCGCGCUGGGUUACAGUUACACUUUUUCUCGCGCUGAUUGACUUUUCCCCGUACUGGGUAACUGUUGUACGAUUGGUAUGUAUCCGUGAGUCACUGAAGUAAUUUAAAAUUGCGAUAAUUAUCAAGUUUAAAAAUGGUUUGUUUUUGCAUUUUCGCAGGGACUGAAGUGCGUAAUCGUAGCCCUUGCACUUAUCGGACUAGUACCUUUACUUCUCGGAUUACUGUUUGAGCUCGUUGUGGUAGCACCUCUCCGAGUCCCUCUUGAUCAAACCCCUUUGUUCUUCCCGUGGCAGGUGAGGAUCCGGUCAUGUGUUUUUAGGCCCCAGUUUCCGCUUUGUCGAAUCAAUUAUCUCUUUUUGUUUUCACAGGACUGGGCUCUGGGCGUGCUCCAUAUGAAGAUCAUAUGUGCGGUGACCAUGAUGGGACCGAACUGGUGGCUCAAGAGAAAUCUGGAACAGGUACCACAUGUCUGGGCCGCUUUACAGUGUACCUUUGUUUUAACGGUUUUAAUGUCAUUGUUUUCUCUGUUGCGUGUCUAGUCUCUGCGCCAUUGUUAAUCAGGCCUUUGUGAGCUUAUACUGGAUGAUUUCUCGCCCAGAUGAAUGCCCGUCUAUCUAACUCAAGACCGUUGCGAACGCGCAGGACAGGCCUAAAAUAUGAGUCAUAUCCUCGCUUUUUUCUCGCCACAGCCAGAACACAAAUGUGGACGUUUUAUAGUCGACUCAAAGUGAUUCCUGGGAAUCCCAAUAAGCUCUUUUCCGUCAAAAGCUGACAUAUUUUAUGAUCUUCUCAUUAACUUAUAACUUCGCAAUAGUUUUACUCUGCAUAGCAGAUAAGAAAGCAGUGGACACAUAAGUAGGGUGAUUUCGCAAAAGGUUUUUCUUUUUUGUUGUGUCACUUUGUAUUGUUUGAUUUGUCUUAGGCUUAUCAAGACGGCGUUAGAAAUAUCAACGUCAUGUUCAUCUUUCGUCAUGUGACCUUACCUGUUGUAACUUGUCUGUUAUUGGCUGUUACGGUCCCUUACGUCAUCGCCGCAGGAGUGGUUCCUCUCAUUGGUAAGUACGAAUGAAACUUCGUUUUCAUGUCCGGGGCCAGGUUGCUCAAAAACAGGAUUCAGGGCUCGAAGUUAACUUCUUAGUGCACUUGCAAAGUUUUGCUGGUACGAUUUUUUUCCACUAGCAAACUGGUGGGACUACUGGCAAAUUCUUUCCCUUAGUUUGGGAGACAUGGAUGAUUCUACCUCGCAAACGUUUGCUAGUGGACAUUUUUUUCACUCGCAGAUUACCGAAAUCACUCGCAUUUUGCGAGUUUGCCAGCGUUAAUUUCGAGCCCUGCGGAUUAAAAUGGGCCAUUUGCACGAUGGUGUCACUUUACUACUAAGACCAAAAUCCUUUUCGUUUUUCCUGUCAUAUUUAAAUUUGGUAAUCCAAGCGAGGUUAACAAAAGCCCCAUUUUGCACAAGAAAGAAAAACUCUGAAGGAUUCUGGUCGUAGUAGUAAAUGACAUCAUCGUGCAAAUGGCCUUUAAAAGUCAAUUCAGUUUAAUUCUUUUUGUCUACAAUUUGAUGAUGGACGGUCUAAAAACAACAGAGGAAAUUAUCUGAGAAAAUGCUUUUCAACAAUAGAAAAAUAAACCCAGAUUUAAAAUUUUACCUUGGUAAGCGCUGAUCGGCCUUCGAAAAACUGGGCCCAGUAUUUUUGAAAACUCAACUUGAUAGUGACGCUUAGUGGUGGCUACAAAACAUUUCUUUGAUUUCUGAUUGGUUCAUUUGAUUAUCCCGGUCUGUGUGAUUGGCCAAAGUAUCUCUACCUCUCUAUUGAACUGUUGCUAUUGUAUUUCAGUGCGAUCACCAGAGACUUCGCUGUUCUGUCUUCGUCGCAUUUACCCCUUCCUGUUGGCCAUGGUUAUCCUUAUUGCAGGGUUUAUCUUCCAAGGACGGCAAUUUCGACUUCUGUACGAACGCAUCAAAAACGAAAGGUAA